CGGGCCAGCCCGGAAGGGGUUUUUUUUCCUUGCCCAAUCUCUGCUCUCAGGCGGCGCCGGCACUGUCGUCCCUCGCCCCACAGCUGUGCCCUUCCGGGCCCAGCUCCCGGUGUCAGUUUUUCUGGGCUCCUCGAGGAGUUGGGGCCAGGAGGUUCGGAGAUAGUGGCCGCUUACCGGCGCGGGAGUAAGGGGCGCGCCCCUCUUCCUCUCUGCCGGGCCCGCGCCUCCAUGGGCCCAAGCCAGAAGCCCAACGUGUGCGGCCGGCUCAGUCGCCGGGCGCUGGGCUUUUUCUCGCGCGACGCGGGCAUGGUGCAGAGGACGAACCUGGGCAUCCUGCGGGCGCUGGUGUGCCAGGAAAGUACUAAAUUUAAGAAUGUUUGGACAACUCAUUCCAAAUCACCUAUAGCCUAUGAGAGAGGAAGAAUAUACUUUAACAAUUAUCGGUGCUGUAUCAGCAGUGUUGCAUCAGAGCCACGAAAACUUUAUGAAAUGCCAAAAUGUUCCAAAUCAGAAAAAAUAGAAGAUGCUUUAUUAUGGGAAUGCCCAGUGGGAGAAAUGCUUCCCAAUCCAUCAGAUUAUAAAUCCUCACUCAUAGCACUGACUGCUCAUAAUUGGCUACUUCGUAUAUCAGCAACUACAGGAAAAGUCCUUGAGAAAAUAUAUCUUGCUUCAUAUUGCAAAUUCAGAUAUUUGAGCUGGGACACUCCUCAAGAAGUCAUUGCUGUCAAGUCAGCUCAGAACAAAGGUUCAACAUUGGCCCGACAGGCAGGCAUUCAACAGCCUGUUUUGCUGUAUCUUGCAGUGUUCCAUGUGCUACCUUUUUCACUCAUAGGGAUUCUGGAGAUCAACAAAAAGAUUUUCGGGAACGUCACGGAUGCCACCUUGUCUCACGGAAUACUGAUUGUGAUGUAUAGCUCGGGACUGGUCAGACUUUAUAGCUUCCAAGCCAUCACCAAGCAGUUCAUGCAACAGAAACUUGACUUAGGGUGUGCAUGCAGAUGGGGUGGGACUACUGGAACUGUAGGAGAGGCUCCCUUUGGCAUUCCUUGUAAUAUUAAAAUCACAGACACACCGCCACUGCUCUUUGAGGUGUCCUCGCUGGAGAAUGCUUUUCAGAUUGGAGGCCAUCCUUGGCACUACAUCAUUACACCUAAUAAGAAGAAACAGAAAGGAGUUUUCCAUAUUUGUGCCCUAAAGGACAAUUCCUUGGCAAAAAAUGGGAUCCAAGAAAUGGAAUGUUGUUCUUUAGAAUCUGAUUGGAUCUACUUCCACCCUGAUGCUUCUGGCAGAAUAAUACAUGUUGGCCCAAAUCAGGUCAAAAUUUUAAAAUUAAGUGAAGUAGAAAAUAAUAGUGCCCAGCAUCAGAUCUCUGAAGAUUUUGUCAUUUUGGCCAACAGAGAGAAGAACAAAAAUGAAAACCUACCCACUGUUACAGCUUCUGGACGGGUGGUAAAAAGAAGUUUUAGCAUUCUGGAUGAUGACCCAGAACAAGAGACUUUCAAAAUUGUCGACUAUGAAGAUGAGUUGGAUUUGCUUUCUGUGGUAGCUGUUACUCAAAUAGAUGCUGAAGGAAAAGCUCACCUGGAUUUCCACUGUAAUGAAUAUGGAACUUUACUUAAAAGUAUUCCACUCAUGGAGUCGUGGGAUGUGACAUACAGCCAUGAAGUCUACUUUGACAGAGACUUGGUGCUCCACAUAGAGCAGAAGCCCAGCAGGGUCUUCAGCUGCUAUGUUUACCAAAUGGUAUGUGACCCUGGGGAAGAAGAAGAAACCACAGACAAAAGGAGUAAAACAGAUCACAAUAAUUUUAAAUUUUGAGAUGUAACUUAUGAGACUUCUAGCCAAACACCCCAGGAGCCAUGGCCAGUCCUCUUUUUUAUCAUCUGCAUAGUAUAUUCUCCAGUGUUUUCCAGAAAAGGUCUUGUGUUGACUUCAGACAAUUGUGACUUCUUUUUUAAACUCUGGCCAUACAAGGUGGUGAGGACUUCACUUUAUAUAAAGGUUUUUACAAUAACAUCCCAAGAAGCCUAGCAUUUUGCAGUUUUUUAGGUGGGUGGUGAUGCAAAUAUAAAAUACUAAAGGUCAGAGAAGGAAAGUUAAUUCUAAUUAUUUGGAGGUCAUUGAUUAGGGGGUGUUUUGCAUGGCUAUUAAAGGAUGGCAUGGAAUUUUGACUGGUGAAACUAGGAGGAAUAGACAGAAGGAUACAAAACAUACAGAAGGAGAUCCUGUAUCCUGCCAACCAGAUUUGAAGGAUGGAAGAUGAGAUCUAUAAUAUGAAAGCAUACUUGGAAACAAAACUGUGUCAUCAUGGUUUUUAAAAUAUAUAUAUAUAUGUAUACGUGUUUGAUAUUAUAUAUAGUAGCAGAAGUUGACUUUUCCAUGUUUUUUUUCUCUUUGAUGUUCCCAUUGGUUUUUUGUGUUUCUGUUAGACUAAUCUAAAAGAUUUCAAGCAAGCUUUAAGUGAUUUUUUUUUCUCAUACAUAGCCUGUUUAGCUGUUAAUACAUCUAAGAAUAUUGUACUCAUUUCACCGUUCUAUUUAUUUGGUGAAUCUGCCAGUUCUGCUUAGACAAUAUUUUUACACCUAAGCAGUAAGAUUCCCAGGUUGUACCAGCUCUGCUCCCUGUGGGAAGAAUGGAUAAAGUCCCAGGAGUUAUUAUUAGUUUGGAAACUGACUGACAGCUAGAAAAAGCUUUUGGUUCUCUCUUAAUUGUGAAAUGAGUAUUUUUUUUCUUCUUUGUUAGAACCAAUGGAAAUAUGAUUCUUGAACUCAGAUAAUCAUUCUUAAGAAUGGUAAAUAAAAGCAACCCAAGUAAAGGGAGAAAAUAUUCCUUUGUGCUUCCUACUUGAGAAAUCCAGCUGCCUGCAAGCCACAUGUUUAGCACAUUCUCUGAUUCAGACUCAAAAAAAAAAAAAAAAAAAAGUGGUAAAAAUAGAAGGGGAGAAAACAGCAGUAAAAAUCAUUGCUGAUUCAAAUGUAAAGUUAAAAUAUGGGAUUUUAGCUUGGAUGAUUUAUAUUAAAAUUAUCCAGUUCUUCCUUCAGUUUUGGCUUGGUAUGUUAAGAAUAAUGUGAAUUCUGCCCUGCCCUUGAAGUUUGCAGAUAAAUUUUAAGCUUAUUGUGCUCAACAGAGCUGCUGAGAGAAAGGUGUUAGCUAUUCAAAAAGUCAAGAUAUUAGUAAAAGAGUCCAUAAAUUUAAAAGAAAUAAAGGGAGCAAACUUAAAAGCGUCAUUUGUGCAAUAGAAAAGAAGAUUGCCAACAUUUUAGAAUAGGGGUAAGUAUUUAUAUGUUGGCUAAAAAUAAAUCUUGCUGAAUCUGCUCCUGUGUAUAAUCAUUUGGGAAAGUAGAAGUGAUUACCUCAUGAGCAAGAUAAUAAAACUAUCUUCAUCUAUUAAAUUCUGAUCAUUUUAUAUGUACUAGUUGAAAAAUCCAUUCUCAAUAGCAUACAUAGUAGUACUACUAUUUAAUAUUUGAAGCUUUCAGAGUAUUUUGGAGAUACAGUUGUGAUUACAAAGAAGUUGGAUAGUUAUAAUGUGCUAGAACAUUGCCCCAACCUUCCAACUAAAACAUGAGCUAUAUCUAAACAGUCCUGUCCAGUGAAUUUAUAUCUUCAAAAACAAGUCCAAUAAGAGGAAAUAGAUUAAAAAAAUCAGAGAAAAGAAAAACCAGUGUGUAGGUUUUAAAGCAGGCGCGGUGCUAUGUAAAAGCAGAAAGCCUGCUCUCCAUUUCCAGAAGUAUUUCAGAAAAGGAUGUCUUAAGACUUCAGUCCUAUCAGAUUUUUUUUAAAAAGAGGUUUGUUGAGUUUCCCCUUUGCUUAAGUCAGUGCCUUCUUUUGAGGAAGUGAUAGAAACUCAUCUGUUCACAAAGGCAUCUGAGAACUAUCUUAAGAUGAUACCGCUCUGUUUAAACAAAUUAAGGUAUUCUACAUUUUCCAUCAGC